AUGGACAAGUUCCUUAAGAUAUAUCUAAGUUGCUUGUUAGUACUUAUAGUUGGAGCUGGCUAUUCACUCGCAGUUCCUUCACCAACUGAACCUGUAGGCGCUACUGUGUGGACCGCUGGUCAAAAUGUAACAGCACUGUGGGCAGACAACGGUGUUGCGCCAAAAAGUUCUUCAAUGUCAGGAAUAACCGUCCAAUUCAUGACGGGUCCAAACAGUCCACAAAUUCCAUUACAAACCCUUGCCGCUAAGUUGGAUAACACCGCAACAUCUUUAUCUUUUAUUUGUCCAGCGCCUAGUUCAUUUGGCUAUCCUCCAGGACAAAUUUAUUUCUUAAUGUUUUCCGAUUCUGCGAACCCUUCUAUUGGUGUUAGUUGGAGUACAAGGUUUACGGUGCUUGAACCUAGUAAUAGCAGCCCUCCUGCGAAUUAUACUGUAGGAGCUCCUUGGACAUUUACCAAAUCCUCGACUACUCCAACAACUCCAGCCCCUGCAAUUGCACCAACAACAGCGCAACCAGUUGUAGUUACUCCAACUGCGCAACCUCCUCCUCCUGCUGCUGCUGGUUCACCAAAUUCACCAGCACCACAACCUGCAACAAUAGUGGAUACUGGUGAUACAUCUGCGCCUACUGAUACACCACCUGAAAAACCUCAAUCUCAAACUUCUGCUACUCCUGCUGUUACUUCAAAGAAGACUUCAGGAACUGAUAGUAAAUUCCAAAAAAGCAAUGGAAAAUUCUUAGCCAUUGUAAUGGGUUUUGUUUGUGCAUUUUCGGCGUUCGGAAUGUAG